GGAGACUACAAGUCCCAGCGUGCGCCAGGCUCGCGUUCAUGGAAGGCGGCUUCUCCGCAGCCCAGGCCAGCUGCUUGGUGUGGGGUUAGCGGGGGGCUGCGGGACAGGAGCCGCGCUCGCCUCACCCGGAGCUCCGGACCCGGCUGCCAGGGGAGGUCGUUACGCCCCGGGGCGCCCUGCGGAAGCUUCGGUGGCCGGGUGUAUUGCUAAAAACACCACCCCAACCCAGCAACAAAACAGAUCUUGGCAAUUCUGCUUUGGCCUUACAUCACCUAUCCGAAAUGGAGUACAGGACUCAGCUGUUGAAUCCUGAGUGACAGGAUCCUUUAAUCAAAGAUGGAGAAAAAACGCAGAAAGAAAUGAGCCUGUUUACUGGACUUCACUGGUAAAGACCAUGAAGGCAAGACUUCUGCUUCUCUUGGACAAAACCUUAAGACUAUCCACUUAAAAAGCACUUAAAAAGGCACCGUUUUCUGAAACCAAAAAGAAAAGAGGGAACUGAUUCAUGGAAAAACAACAUGUAACUGGAUGCAUGGAAUUUUGAGGAUGAAACCUUAUUCCUUUAUGACCAUGAGGCUUACACACACCUGGUUGUUCCUGACUGCGAUCCUUCUCUGCGGCAAACAACAUCUGGGGACCAGACUAGGGAAUUCUUCUCAUGAGAGCCACCUGUGUUCCGAAUGCUCCCGUCUUACACUGAAAGUGGAAUUUUCUUCGACGGUAGUGGAACAUGAGUAUAUUGUGGCUUUCAAUGGUUACUUCUCAGCCCAAGCAAGAAGCAAAUUUAUUUCAAGAGCUCUGAAAAGCAGUGACAUAGAGAACUGGAGGAUUGUACCCCGUAACAACCCAGCCAGUGACUACCCCAGUGAUUUUGAGGUGAUCCAAAUCAACGAGAAACAGAGAGAUGGAGUGCAGACACUUGAAGAUCAUCCCAAUAUCAAACGAGUUACCCCCCAAAGAAAAGUAUUUCGCUCGCUCAAGUACACUGAAACUGAUCCAGCAUUUCCCUGCAAUGAAACCAGAUGGACACAGAAAUGGCAGUCGUCUCGUCCUCUGAGAAGGGCAAGUUUGUCGUUGGGUUCUGGAUUUUGGCAUGCAACUGGCAGGCACUCAAGUAGGCGUUUGCUGAGAGCCAUACCCCGGCAAGUCGCUCAAACGCUUCAGGCGGACGUUCUCUGGCAAAUGGGUUUUACAGGUGCUGGUGUAAAAGUGGCUGUCUUUGACACUGGACUUAGCGAGAAGCAUCCUCACUUCAAAAAUGUAAAAGAGAGAACAAACUGGACUAAUGAGAGAACCUUGGAUGAUGGUCUGGGUCAUGGGACUUUUGUAGCGGGUGUGAUUGCUAGCAUGAGAGAAUGCCAGGGAUUUGCUCCAGACUCAGAACUGCACAUAUUUAGAGUCUUCACUAACAACCAGGUCUCGUACACAUCUUGGUUUCUGGAUGCCUUUAACUAUGCGAUCUUGAAGAAGAUAGAUGUAUUAAACCUUAGCAUUGGAGGUCCCGACUUCAUGGAUCAUCCCUUUGUUGACAAGGUAUGGGAGCUGACAGCCAACAAUGUGAUCAUGGUCUCUGCUAUUGGAAAUGAUGGCCCUUUAUAUGGCACACUCAACAAUCCUGCUGACCAGAUGGAUGUGAUUGGAGUAGGCGGCAUUGACUUUGAAGAUAACAUUGCUCGGUUCUCAUCAAGGGGAAUGACCACUUGGGAACUGCCUGGAGGUUAUGGCAGAGUCAAGCCCGACAUCGUUACUUACGGCUCUGGAGUAAGAGGUUCUGGCAUGAAGGGUGGAUGCCGCUCUCUCUCUGGGACUAGUGUGGCCUCACCUGUGGUGGCAGGUGCUGUCACCCUGCUAGUAAGCACAGUCCAGAAGCGUGAAAUGGUGAAUCCAGCUAGUAUGAAACAGGCCCUUAUUGCAUCCGCACGACGACUUCCUGGGGUCAACAUGUUUGAGCAAGGGCAUGGCAAACUUGAUCUUCUCAGAGCCUACCAGAUUCUCAAUAGUUAUAAACCACAGGCCAGUUUGAGUCCGAGCUACAUCGACUUGACAGAAUGCCCUUACAUGUGGCCGUACUGCUCCCAACCUAUCUACUAUGGAGGCAUGCCAACAAUUGUGAACGUUACUAUCCUUAAUGGAAUGGGAGUCACUGGAAGAAUCGUAGACAAGCCCGACUGGCAGCCCUAUUUACCACAGAAUGGAGAUUACAUUGAGGUGGCUUUCUCCUAUUCCCCCGUUUUAUGGCCUUGGUCAGGGUACCUAGCAAUUUCUAUUUCUGUCGCAAAGAAAGCAGCCUCAUGGGAAGGCAUUGCACAAGGACAUGUCAUGAUCACUGUUUCCUCUCCAGCCGAAAAUGAGUCGAAAGCUGGCGCUGAGCAGACUUCAACCGUGAAACUCCCAAUAAAAGUGAAAGUUAUCCCGACACCCCCACGUAGUAAGCGUGUCCUCUGGGAUCAAUAUCACAAUCUCCGCUAUCCACCAGGAUAUUUCCCAAGGGAUAAUUUGAGGAUGAAGAAUGAUCCCUUAGACUGGAACGGUGACCACAUCCACACAAACUUCAGGGAUAUGUACCAACAUCUGAGAAGUAUGGGGUAUUUCGUUGAAGUUCUCGGUUCACCUUUCACUUGUUUCGAUGCCAGUCAGUAUGGGACCUUAUUGAUGGUGGACAGUGAGGAAGAGUAUUUUCCAGAAGAAAUCACUAAGCUGAGGAGGGAUGUUGACAAUGGACUGUCACUCAUAAUAUUCAGUGACUGGUACAACACCUCAGUGAUGAGGAAAGUCAAGUUUUACGAUGAAAACACAAGGCAGUGGUGGAUGCCUGAUACUGGGGGAGCUAAUAUUCCAGCUCUGAAUGAUCUUCUUUCGGUGUGGGGCAUGGCCUUUAGUGACGGGCUGUAUGAAGGAGAUUUUACCAUGGCAAGUCAUGAAAUGAACUACGCCUCUGGAUGUAGUAUUGCAAAGUUUCCAGAAGAUGGCAUUGUGAUUGCACAGACCUUUAAGGAUCAAGGUCUUGAAGUUUUAAAGCAGGAAACGGCAAUAAUAGAAAAUGUACCCAUUUUGGGCCUUUUCCAAGUUCCUUCAGAAGGUGGAGGCAGGAUCGUUUUGUACGGUGAUUCAAAUUGCUUGGAUGAUAGCCACAGGCAGAAAGAUUGCUUUUGGCUUCUUGAUUCUCUUCUUCAAUACACAUCUUAUGGAGUUAUGCCACCAAGCCUCAGCCAUUCAGAAAACAGACAACGACCUCCAACAGGCAUGGGCUAUGCUCUUCCAGAGCGAAUGGAAGGUAACCAUCUUCAUCGAUAUUCGAAGGUGCUCGAGGCUCACCUGCGUGACCCUAAGCCCCGCUCACUCCCAGCAUGUCCUCAUUUGUCUUGGGCGAAGCCACAGCCUCUGAACGAAACGGCUCCCAGCAACCUAUGGAAACAUCAGAAGUUACUGUCAAUCGACCUGGACAAAGUGGCUUUACCAAGUUUCCGUCAGAACCGACCCCAAGUAAGGCCUUUGUCACCUGGAGAAAGUGGAGCCUGGGAUAUUCCAGGGGGAAUAAUGCCUGGACGGUACAACCAGGAUGUGGGAGGGACAAUACCCGUCUUUGCGUUACUCGGUGCUAUGGUGGUCCUGGCCUUCUUUGUGGUGCAGAUCAAAGCUAAGAGCAGGCCAAAGAGACGGAAGCCCAGAGUCAAGCGGCCACAAAUUAUACAGCAGGGUCACCUACCAAAGACACCGUCUGUUUGACCACAGUUGCCAAAGAUUACCUUCUACUGGCUGCUUCAUGGAAUUAUGAUGAUCGUUACUAAUGAAGAUUGCUUGUGCCUGGCAUUUGGUGACUGAUUCAAGCAGGAACCCAUGUUUUCUUUGGCUACUGACAAAACAAGAACUCAGUGGAUCAUCAUGAGAUUUUUUAUAAAAAACUACUAUUAUUUUCAGUAGCUGAAUCCACCAAAGCCUUGAGCACUAUUUAAAAAGAACCGAUAUGUUGUUCUAUUUCCCAAAAUGGAGGAAAAGAGACCUUUUUUCCCUUUUCUUUUAAACUGACCAAACCUUUUCAUUAGAGGCUAUUUUCUAUAUUUAUUUUAGGAAGAACUUGGGGGAAGAGCUGCUUCAAGGCUCUUGGCUAUCUGAUAGCAGAACCAUUUUUCUGAAUGGAAUGCAAUUUUCUAAUACUAUAUAUUACAAAGAGAAAUAGAACUCGCAACAUCCUGCUGUAAGGACGAAAAUGCAAAACUGACAGGGAGAAGGGGACAAAUCAGUGUGGCAAAAUCCUUCUGUUUAUUUUUAUAAAGCAACUUACCAUGAUGUUUUGUAAUUUUUUGGCAUGAUUUCACCAUUGUUGGUGGAGAAAUUUUUUCCAAUAAAUAUGUUACCUGUAUCGAA